CUAUCUUCACACACCAUGAAGGUGUCGAUAACGCGUCUCAGAACAAAUGCUGCCGUUGUGUCUGUCCAGCGACACGACGUAAGUCAGCUCGGUUACUUAGCGUGAUGCUAGCGUGAUGCUAGCAGUGUCCGGUGUUCAGAGGGAUCUUUCAUUCUCGCAUGGGAGGUGACCACGGCCACAACAAGAUGUCCAUGCCAGACUGGCGGCAGUGGAAGGUGCAGGGAACGCCACUGGAGUUCACCAAGCAGAGACUGGCAGCCAGGGGCCUCAAGGAUCCAUGGGCACGCAACGAGGCUUGGAGAUACUCCGGCGGCUUCGCCCGUGCUGUGACUCUGUCUGAUGUGCUGCUGAGAGGAUUCAAGUGGGGCUUUGCUGCCUUUACCGUUGCUCUGGCUGUCGAGUACGCCCUGUUCCCACCCAAGAAGGGCGGCCACUAAUGCUCAUCGUUGUCCCCAGAGUCUGGAGUCUAAUAAUAUUCUGUAUUUCCUGUUCAUUAAAUGUUUUUGUGAUCACCCCA